GAUUUAAACCAUAACAAAUAAAUAAAAUAAAUGAGAGGAAAAGAUAUUUAUUGUUUUGCUUGUGAUUUUGAUAGUUACUCCACUAACACUUAUCUUAAACAAGAAAGUUAGUAACGCUCCAAGAUGAGUGCAAGUCAAAUGUUUGGAAUCAUUGUAUCAGGGCGUCUGGUACAAACUGAUGCCCAGCAAGUGAGCGAGAACCAGAUUUUAUUCAAUAUACCAGACGCAGAUAGUAUUAACCAUAUAGUUGUGUUCAUGACUGGUCAAGUUCCGUUUCCAGAUGGCCUUGGUGGGGCAGUGUAUUUUUCCUGGCCAAGUUCAGCUGGCCAGUCAUGGCUGCUAUUGGGACAUAUUUCCAAUGUGAAACCAAGUGCAAUAUUCAAAAUUACCAACCUAAAAUCAUCUGAUAGUAAUAACAGCAGUCAUCCAUUUGGGCAGAUGGAGCCCCAGUCGCACCUGGCUCAGAUCGGAAUUUCUGUAGAACCUCUGACAGAGUUGUCGCAGCAAACACCCGCUACGCUCACCAAAACGGCCAAUGUGGAACCUUUUGUGGAGUUCUCAAAGACUAUGUGUGAAAACCUGUUCAAUUAUGCAUCAUCAUUUACACAGACUCAAGCUCAAAUGGUUCCAAAUCCCAAUGAGAUGUUUGUGCCUUUAAGUAAAUUACAGCAGUGGUACGAAAACUUUCUACGGAGGUUGCAGCAAAACCCUUACUUUUGGAGAUCAUGACAAUCAAAAUUUUUUAUUUUAUUAUUUAGAAUCGGCUAGAUUUUUAUGUUUUGUUUUACUUUUAAAUUGAAACUGCAAAAGUGCAUAAUCAGGACUAGGUAUGUUUUAGUCAUUGUCUUUAUGAAAUGUAUUAAACUUUCUGACAUUAUUGAAAGUAAUGGCUUCUUUGCAUUUAUUUCUAUGUAAGUGAAGUCUGGCAUGAAUGAGUCUGAGAAACAAAUUGUUAAUUGUAUUUUUAGAGAAUUCGUGAUCAGCUACAUGCAGUUAGUUUUUCUUUAUAUAGAAAUUUUGAAAGCUUAAUUAAUUAAAGAUUUCAUUAGCUACUCGAUGUAUAUCAUAUUAAUUUUAGCUGUAUGAAUCAAUUAAGCUUAACUUAAAAUAUCGUAAUAAAUUUUCUUUUCACAGGAUGUAGUAAUUUUGGAUGUAUGAAAGAUUUUUCGUUGAGUAGUGCAAUUUUUACAGAGGCAAACAAGGAAAAUUAAAACUGGCAUAAACUAAAAAUUAUUACAAAGAGUCGUAUUUGAAACACAUUAAUGAAAAAAUAUUGGGGUACUUUUUGAGUUAUCUGCCCCAGAAAAAUGAGUUAACUGUUUUAGGUUUUAUUAUUGGUUUGGAAAUGAUUUUGUGCAUGUGCCAUUACUUUAUUUAUUUCAUACAAGCAUUUUGGAAGUACACUUUUUUUUAAAAUUCAAACAAUAAUUUUUGCAUCAGAUAUAUAUAGCUUUAUGCACUUUAAUUCUUGCGUGUUCAAAAAUUUUGUUUGGUCUUUGUAAUAAAGUGCACUACUCCCGACAAAAUACAUUGACUCGGUGUUAUUAUAUAGAGGAUAUUUGUUUAGUUCAGUGUAAGAUCAGAAUAUAUUUCACCGAGUGAGCACCAAAAGGUAUAUUUCACGAGUGGCGCAGCUACGAGUGAAAUGUGAACUUUUGGUGUUCAUGAGGUGAAAUAUAUUUCGAUCUUACAUUAAACUUAACAAAAUUUCUUUUUAUUAUAUGCAGAGAAACGUUUAAAAAGACAUUUUAACCUACUAAAUGAAAAGCGCGCCAAAUAAUAAUAAAACGUGACAUCAUUUAUGACGUCACGCAAUUAAGUUGUUUCCAGUACAGUGUACACUGGUAUUUCACUGAAACAAUGUAACAGGCUUGUAUUCAAAACAGUGAAAUUAUCAGUUUUUUAUUUCACUGAUAUAUUUCUUUAAACCACCGAAAAGCAUGUAAUAAAUCAUAGAAAUAGUUUAGGUAGAGUGGUCAGGUCCAUGAGUUUGGAAAUAUGAAACAGCUUGAAACACUGUAUGAAUAAAUCAGUCAGUCGGUGAGUCAAUUCAUGUUGUUGGUAUAUUUAUGACAACUAUAUAUCUAUAGUAAAAAAUUACAAAAUGAACAGACAUUUAAUACCGGUACUUAUUUGCUCAAUCACAAUGAUUUAAUCCCUCAUUAAAACUACUCAUGUUAUAGACACAAUUUAUGGCUGUAAUUGUCUUCCAUAGUACAUAAGGCAACCAUAUUCUAGCUUACAGAUAGUUGUUCAAACCUUUUAGCUCAGGUACUUCUUAAAUUGUUAUAACUAGAGUUAUGAUUUUCUACCAGAAUUAGUGCCCUUGAUUCUGUUACUAUGGUUAUUUCAUGUUUUAAUUUCACCGAGGGAUGGUUGGCUUGUAUUUUGACUUUUAUCUGAUAAAAUAUGGUGUAUAUUUUUUAUUGCCCCUAUUAUAACUGUGCUUAAUAGUAUUUUAAUCAAUGGAAUGGUUAGGAAAAAUAAUGGUUAGUGUUGGAACAGUUAUUAAAGAUUGCUUUUGUGCCAUACUUGACCUAAUUGUUAGAUAUGUCUUUGCCAGAAGGGUUGUUUCUGUAUACAAAAGUAUAGACUUUAUGUUGUGUUUAACUUGGUGUUUGCAAUAUAGCUGUGCUUAUAAAUCAAUUAACUGCGAAUCUAAUUAGAAUAAUAAGAGGUCUUGGCAGGCCAUUAAGGAAUAUUGUUGAUGACUUUUAAACUUUCUUUUCAAACUACAUUGUAUUUAACAUGCAUGUGUAAAUUAUAUAAAUUUCCUUCUUAUGUACUUUGUUAUGUAUUUUUUAUUAUAUUUCACUAUAUUGGUGAUCAACCGAGGCGCCAUUUGGUGCAGCUUUUAUCUUGGACAUAAUAUAUGAUAUAAUGUUCUAGUUUUUAUGUAUACUAAUUAUA